GUCACUCGUUGCUGACGUAACGAAUAUCCAGAGAGACCCAGAGAGAUAGAAAAAGACGAAAAUGGCUCCCAAAGCUUCGACCGGAAAGUCCAUUAAGAAGGAGACGACUGUGGCGAGGAAGAACAUCUCCCGCACGGACAAGAAGGUCAAGAGAAAGUCACGCAAAGAGAGCUUCGGCAUCUACCUCUACAAGGUCCUGAAGCAGGUUCACCCAGACACCGGUGUCUCCUCCAAGGCCAUGAGCAUCAUGAACAGUUUGGUCAACGACAUCUUCGAGCGCAUCGCCACGGAGGCCUCCCGUCUCGCUGCCUACUCGAAAAAGUCCACCAUCACGUCUCGGGAGAUCCAAACGGCCGUCAGACUUCUGUUGCCGGGAGAGCUGGCCAAGCACGCGAUCAGCGAAGGGACCAAAGCCGUCACCAAGUACAAUAGCGCCAAGUAAUUCAUCUGACUUAGCGUUCUGAAUUUCAGAACUAAUCGGCCCUUUUUAGGGCCA